UACUUAAAAUGAAAAGUCGUGGGUGGACGAAUGAACUCAAUCUGCACGAUGGCUUUCACAGCAGUAUCUUCUUCACUGCCGUCUUGUUCUUCUGUGCGUUCAGUUCUCUCUUCCCAGUGGCUAUCAGAUCCCACCACUCCAUCACGGAAACCCUCGUCUCUCUCGUGGGUAUCUUCAUUUCCGAAUAUUAGCAUAUCUACAGGCUCGUCUUCCAUCUCUUCGAAUCCCGCGCAUGCAAAGGUUUUAUUUAUUCAAUCAGCUUGGACACGAAGGUCUCGAGGGGAGGCUGCAAAGAGACCGAACAAGAAAUCAUGGAAACAGAGGACAGAUAUGUAUAUGAGGCCAUUCUUACUAAAUGUUUUCUUUUCGAAGAAAUUUAUCCAUGCGAAGGUAAUGCAUAGAGGAACAAGCAAAGUGAUAUCAGUGGCGACAACAAAUGCAAAGGAUCUGAGGAACAGUCUACCUUCACUUACAGAUCACAAUGCAUGCAGAGUAAUAGGGAAGCUUAUUGCUGAGAGAUCGAAGGAAGCAGAUGUAUAUGCAAUGUCGUAUGAGCCUAGGAAGGAUGAAAGAGUUGAAGGUAAGCUUGGUAUUGUUAUUGAUACCAUCAAGGAGAACGGGAUCAUGUUUGUACCUUGAAUUUAAAUAAAGAAAAGCAUUACAGCUGAUGUAAAGCCUCCUUAUAGGGCUGGAAAAGCUUACAUCUUCCUGUUUUCAUUCUUUCAUGUUGUAGGAAUUUCAUGAAACCGAAAUAUCCGAUUCUAUUACAGGACUUAUUUUAUGAUUUCCUUUAUGAA